UUGUUUUUGUAUUUUUGAGGUUAUACGUGCUGAAUAGAUUAGGAUAAAAAGGUAAAAAAGAAAAUGCAAAAAGGCACUUUUAACCACUCCGUAAAAGUGCCUAAACUGUAUAAAUGUGCGGCAAAAAUCGCUCAGGAUGUCGCUGGGGGUGCCGGAAGCAUUAAACAGCUCGUUUACGAAAAAAAGCAUUUUAAUACUAAGGCGCUUUAUGCCUUAGUGGCCAAAGCAUUUCAAAAAUCACAAGAACUUGAGCUACUGUUCAAAAGAACCAAAUUGCUUGAGAAAGAGUCUCGGUUGGACCCUUGGCUGGCUAAAAUUCUGAUUUCUGAACUGCUUUGGGGCAAAAAACAGUUACCCCAGUGCGAGGCAAAACCUGUACUGACCAUUUUAGGAUACGAGCAGGCUUUUAAGGCACACCUCAGUGACUCCACAGAUGAUUUCAUAUCAGAAAGACUUCAAAAUCAAAGAAAACCCAGGUAUAUAAGGAUAAAUACCUUAAUGAACCCCUUAAAUGAGGCACUGGAACUUUUCCAAGAAGAAGGUUGGAUUUUACAGCCAUCACCUCCGGACUACAACACCUUCCUGGAGCAAAUAUCUAGCCUGGAGGAGAAUUCUUUUAUGAAGGACUUUCACAUUCCAGAUGUGCUUGUGUUUCCUGCUGGGACUGAAUUCUAUAAACAUCCAGGGUAUAAAAAAGGGGUGAUUGUCCUGCAAGACAAGGCCAGUUGUCUUCCUGUAUACAUUCUUAAUCCAUCAAAGGGAAGUACCGUGCUGGAUAUGUGUGCUGCACCUGGAAUGAAAACUACCCAAAUAGCUUCCUUGUUACAGAAUGAUGGAACUGUAUAUGCUGUGGAAAGAGACGCAAAGAGAUUUGAAGUUUUAAAGAAAAUGGUGGAGUCCGCAGAUGCUACUUGUGUUAAACCAAUUAACAAAGAUGUUCUGCAAUGUGGAGAAACCGACUUUCCAGACGUUGAAUUUAUUAUUGUUGAUCCAAGUUGUUCAGGGUCAGGUAUGGUAGAUCGGUUUGAAGUGGCUCAGUCCAAAGAAGAUCCAUUCAGACUUCAAAAGCUCGCAGGUUUUCAAAUAAAAAUCUUGCGAAAUGCCUUAAGUAGAUACCAAAAAGUUAAGAGAGUAGUCUAUUCAACUUGUUCACUAUAUUCGGAAGAAAAUGAAGAUGUAGUGCGGCAAGUACUGGAAACUAAUAGUCAGUUCAAACUGGUUCCGGCAGGUCAAUUUCUUGGUAACCAUUGGAGCAAUUAUGGAUCAAAGAACUUUGGUAAAAUUGGAGAAUACUGUGUUUAUGCUAAACCAGAGGAAGAUCUUACCAAUGGAUUUUUCUUAGCAGUAUUCGAGAGGCUGCAGGAGGGUGAAACCAAUGAGUUUUAUAACGGGAGGGUGCUGAACUAUCGGAAAAAUAUUGAACAGAAACAAGCAAGAAAAGAGAAAAGGAAGAGAGAAAGCUUAGGGGAUGAUAUGCGAAAUAGUGAUGUAAAUCAAGAAUUUAAGCAAAAUGGAGAUGGAAGUGAAAAGAAUCAGUUUGAUAAAAAACAGAUUCUAAUAACAGAAGAGCAGGAAGUCGAUGUAGGAAAGAAAAAGAAAAAAAAGAAGCAUAAACAGGAGGUUGACGUGUCUGAUGGUGGACCAGUUGAGGAAUUAGCAAUAAUUAGUGAGGAUAUUAAAAAAAGUAAAAUGCAUAAAGAAAAAUUUGAGGAAGAAAAGGGAGACACAAGCCAAUCAAAAUCAAAUAAGAAAAAACAUAAAUAUGGACAUGAUGAUAUUUUUGAUAAUAAUACUGUUCAAGAUAUUACUAUAGAUGAACCUGUUAAAAAGAAGAAACAUAAAAAAGACAAAAGUAUCGAUGUGAAUGAAGAUAGUAUGGAAGACGACAAAAAAUCAAAAAAGAAGAAUAAAAGUAAAAAGGCAAACCAGAAAUAAAAUGCAAUAAUGACUUUUUUGUAUAUUAGAUGUAUUUGAUUUUAUAUAAAUGUUUGGUUUUUUACAA